AGAGUUUGACUUAGCAAUUGGGCGAGCGGGCGACGGUGACUGCCCGCGUUCCUCGCAUGGGGACUAGGCCGCAUGCGGAGGCGGUGAAGCGCUCGCCCAUCAAGGUACCAUGACGAAUCGCUUUUUCUUCGCCGUCGCAGCCCCUCGACCGCGGACUCUGCUCACACGCGUGUGUGCGUGAGACAGAGAAGAGAUCUUUGGAUGUGACUGAGGCUCAAAGGCAUCCUGCUUUCUUCUUUCCUGUCGGUUUAACCCCCCUCAUCGGCAGCCUCAGAAAACGGCUCCAUGCCCACGGAUCCGAUCCGCGUCGGCGCCGUAGUCGAACCAGUCUCUCAGCCUUUGACCCGUCACAUGUUCUCGACAAGAUGACCGCUGCAAAUCCUUCAGACGUCCAAUUGAUAGCUCCCGCUCUCCUACAGCUCAACCGCGGGGACGGCAGCAACAUCAACAGCAGCGCCAACAAGUCGGCGCUCUACGGACAGUGCUCCUCUGCUACGUGCGGCGCGCCCAUAACAUCCUUUCCUGACUGCCUCGAGUGCCGCAACUCUGCUCAUCUCAACCUGCAAUGCGACUCUUGCUGGACUGACUGCACCUCUCCUUGCAACGACGACGACUGUCACAUCCCUCAGCCGUGCUAUGACGAGCACUGCGCUGUGGAUUCGUGUGUCGACAGCGCCUGUGCGGCAGAAUCGUGCACCGAUGCGACAUGUCCCGAGACGGUGCAUUGCAACGCGACCUGCUUCGACAGCAGCUGCCUCUACGAAUUCGGGGGUGGCCCCGAGGCAGCAGGCUACGAUACGCUCUACUGUGGACAGGGCCAAUGCUUUGGGUUUUUGCCCGUUGGUCCGGGACUUGAAGGCUUCGGCGGUGCUGGUCUCGACGUGGAUCUGCAGCAAUGCUCACACAUGGCCUCCUCCUUGUCGUCGUCGGUUGCGUGGGGAUCUCUCGGCGUGUCCUCCAACCACGUCGUUCAGCAGCAGAACGAUCACAUCCACCAGUCGAGCGGCAACAAGCGGAGGAGGAUCGAUUUGUCGUUAUCAGAGGCCGCUGGGGGACUGCAAGAUCACUGCUGGUCUCACAGUCACUUCGACAGCGUCUUCUCCAACGAGGAAAUCGAUGUAGCGCUUCAAAACGCCUUGCCUGGCAGUCAGAGCGUUCCGCCGCUCGAGUUCAACUGUCAGGCCACGUGCCAUCAUCAACUGAAGCGCAAUAUGGACGAUUGGGCAAACGAUCUCGCACAGGGCCUGCCCUGUCACAUCACUCACGAAAAGUGCUCUCAUCCUCCUCAGCCCGUUUUACGCAGGCACACACAUAGGUCCCCAAACAGGCCGGCCAAAAUCCUCCCCAACCCAGAACUUGCGCAGGCUGUGUCGCCGGCCACGCAAAAGACUCGAACGGAGAGUGGCCGGCUCGACCUAAUUUGCCAGUGGGUCACCGACGCCAGCACCGCUUCGAUUUGUGGCCACCGGUUCUCGUGCGAGAAGGACCUGGACGAACACCUCCAGAAGGCGCACACCAGCAAACUUGGGCCCAAGUCAUUCACGUGCUGCUGGAAGGGAUGUUCCACCACCUUCAAGCAUCGCGGGAAGCUGAACCGACAUAUCUCCGGCGCGCACUCCAAAUAUCACGCGUACGUGUGCACGCACGUGGACGCGUCGACGGCGGAGCCUUGCGGCCGCACGUUCUGCACAAAAGAGCAGCUGAAAAACCACGAAACGACCCACACGGGCGAAAGGAAGUACAAGUGCAGAUUCUGCGACCACACUAGCGCAACAAAGACACAGCACAACACGCACGAAAGAAUCCACACCAAGGAGAAGCCAUAUCAGUGCCCGUGGUGUGGACACAGCAGUGGUGACAGCAGCAAUCUGAGCAAGCACAUCCGGAACAAGCACCCAGGCAUGGCGGGCAGGGGGGCCAGAAAAAGCACCGAGGUUGACAUCAGCCCGGCUUCACUGAGCGUUUAAAGCCUUGAGUUUAAAGCGUUGAGCUUUCGUUUUAUAUUUUCCAACACGAACAGUAGAUAGUUAUGAUACAAACGUGAUCACGUGAACGAAGUCUUUGGACGACGACGUUCAGGAACCACAGGCCAUGAUUGAACAUUGCAUAACCGUUGUUAGCAUGAAGCUCCGCUCAGCAAUCACCAGUCCUGCGGCUUUCCGUCCUCCUUUGAUCUAACGCUGUCGUUCGCCCAAUACGCUCCUGAUAUGCCCUUUACGUCGCCGAACGCCAGUCUCAGUGGGAUCCGAGCCCCUUGCUCCGGCGUUUUUGGCGGCCUCGUCUUUCCGUUGUUGAUCAGGCUGCCCAUGCUCGUGUCGAUCCAGCCGGGGCAGCAGCAGUUGAUGGUCGCGUCGGGAUGCUGCGCCGCCAAGAUCUUGGUCAGCAGGUUGACGGCCGCCUUGGAAACGCUGUAGCUCCUGCGGGCAGGGAAGCCGGCCUCGACGUCG